AUGCCGAUUCCUUCUAUUUUGGUUUUCUGCGCUGUCCCUGCUUUCACCGACCACUCACUAGCCCUGGCUCGAUUACUUACCCAUUCGCUAAAGACAAUGUCGACGACCAUCAACAAGGAAAACAUUCUGGAAGGGGCCACCGGUGACAUCAAGAAACCUCGUCUCUCUCUGGAUAACAACCUCUCCGUCCGAUUUGCCAAGCUGAACGAGAAGGCGCAAGCCCCAACCUAUGGCUCGGCUUGCGCCGCUGGUGCCGAUUUGUACGCUGCCGAAGAUUGUGUCAUCCCUGCCAAAGGCAAAUACUGCGUGGGCACCGGCAUCCAGGUCGAGCUCCCAUAUGGGUACUAUGGUCGCGUGGCCCCUCGCUCCGGACUGGCCGCCAAGCACUUCAUCGACGUCGGAGCCGGCGUCGUCGACUCGGACUACCGUGGCGAGCUGAAGGUCCUUCUCUUCAACUUCAAUGACAACGAUUUUGAGGUCAAGGUCGGCGACCGCAUCGCUCAAUUCAUCUGCGAACGCAUCGCCCACGUGCAAUACCAAGAAGUGGAGACGCUCGACAACACGGAACGCGGCGCUGGCGGAUUUGGCUCCACCGGGAAG